UUUAUACAUUUAUAUUUCUGUUAUACAUCCCAAAUUCAGUUUUCCUAUAAAAGAUGUGUACCAAUUUCUUAUGGAUGUGCCUGUGCUGUCUGGUGUGUUUUGUUCUUCAAACAGACGGAAGAAUCGACAGCACAGCGUGCUAUGGUGUAUCUGGAUUAUCUUGUUCAACUCAUGCAUUAUCUUGCGUCAGUCCUCUUGUCAUACAAAUAAUGAACACAACCUACGGAUUCAGGCCAAGCUGUUUUGAUUUAUCUGGGAAAUCGCACUGCCAAGUGGACCAAUGUUGUCGAGAGGAACCAUAUGAUUGCUUUACUUUAUUCUCGGAGAACGAUAGCUUAAAGGUACAGGAGAAGUGUAAUGGUCACCAGUCUUGUAUAAUUCAAGGAAGAAGACAGCUUGAUGUAGUGUGUAGAGGACAUGUGAUAAGUGCCUAUAGUAAAGUACAAUAUAACUGUGUUUUUAACGAUUCCAGUCCAACACUUUUUACAGAUACACCUGAUGUUCUGAAUCCAACAAAUAUCAAGACGUCAUUUGACCCUGUAAUGGUGGCGGUAAUUAGUGUUAUAACGGUAUUAGUAAUAAUGAUAUUAGUUGCCAUUUUUAUAUGCAAAAUUCGACAUAAACAAUCUAAGAGUCAAGAAGAUAACAAUACUGCAUUGCCAAAACGUGAAAGCUACACCCCACAUUAUACGACAAUUGAUGAUACUUCCGUUAGAGAUCGUAACAGUAUUAGUGAAUAUGAAGAUGUUGAAUUGGACGACCAGUAUUCGACAUCAACAUUGGUAGACAACUUCGAUAACAACAAAGACACACCUAGAAUACGAAUUUACAACAGUGACAAAUACAGCUUUGUCACACCGGCAAAUUAUAACCAUGUUCAUUUGAGUAGCAAUGAUUUAACAGAUAGAAACAAUUAUGACCAUAUCAAUGACGUUCGGUUUCCUGUUGGCGAAGUGGAUGAUUACAAUCAUAUUCUUGACCCUGAUAAACAGGAAAUGGCAUUUGACGACAAUUACAACCAUAUCUCAGCCCAUGGGAAAAGAUAAUAGGGGCUAUUGUUCUUUUCUUAUGAAUAAAAUAUCUUAUUU